AUUUUAGAACAUAAAAAAGUAUAUUUUCUUAUCGAGUCAUCGAUAAGCUGAGACACAUUUUGUAGUUUGCAACACUAAAAGUUUACUUUAGCCAGCACUUAAACAAGACAAGCGCAGUAAAAAAGAUUUUGCAACCUAAGCUGAAGAAAUUUUAAUGUAGCUUGAAAUUAAUUAAAUCUUGCAAUGGGCUAUGAUGUCAAUCGCUUCCAAGGCGAAGUGGACGAGGAGCUAACAUGUCCCAUAUGCUCUGGUGUUCUGGAGGAUCCGCUGCAGGCGGUCAUGUGCGAACACGCCUUCUGCCGUGGCUGUAUUAAUGAAUGGCUAACACGCCAGCCCACAUGUCCCGUAGAUCGCAAUGCACUAACUACCGCGAAUUUGCGAGCAGUGCCGCGCAUAUUGCGCAACUUGUUGUCCAGACUGUCGAUUACCUGUGACAAUGCGCCCUAUGGCUGCACGGCUGUGCUAAAGUUGGAUGCCUACAAUUCGCAUUUGGAAGAUUGCGUCCACAAUCCGAAGCGGCCGUUUCCCUGUGAAAAAGGUUGUGGCUUUGACAUACCCAAGGACGAGCUUAAGGAUCACAACUGUGUACGAGAGCUGCGCGCGUUAAUUGUCAAACAAACUGAACAAAUUGGCCAACUCAAGACAGAAAUAACUGAUCAACAGCUAACCAUCAAUGAGCUAAAGCGUGAACUGCAAUUAUUCAAAGAUUUUAUGCGUGCCAUGCGCGUCUCAAAUCCGGCAAUGCGUGCCAUUGCCGAUCAAAUGGAACGCGAUGAGGUGAUACGCUGGAGCAGCGCCUUGGCCAGGGCGCGUGUUACACGCUGGGGUGGCAUGAUUUCCACACCCGACGAUGCGCUGCAGCUAAUGAUCAAACGCGCCCUGUCGGAGUCUGGCUGCCCACCACACAUACUGGAUAGCCUAAUGGAGAACUGCCACGAACGGCGCUGGCCCCGGGGUCUUAGCUCACUGGAAACGCGUCAAAACAAUCGACGCAUCUACGACAAUUACAUAUGCCGCCGCAUACCAGGUUUUUUUAUUGCAGGCAAACAGGCAGUGCUUGUGCUCAGCUGUGACAAUGUUCACAUGACUGAGGAUGUGAUGGUCGAGCCGGGCCUGGUUAUGAUAUUUGCGCAUGGCAUCGAAUAGGCAUUAACCAUACGGCAACUACAUUUAACUAAAUACUUAAUGUAUGUCAAACAGUGCUCAGUUUUGUUGUUUCCUUGAUCUAAUGCAUAAGCCUAAGCAUAAAACACAUUUGUCAUAUUAAUCAUUGUAGCGUUAAGUUAAUCUCAAAAGCACUUUCACUACUAUAAAAAGCGCCUCAUGACGAAUCUCAAGUUGAAA